AUGCAGAGCUGGACACUCAUUGCGACCAUUGUGUCCCUAAUUGACUUGGCUGCUGCAUCAGGUACCGUCUCUAUUUACAAUAUUGAUGAUCCAAUGUUCGGCACGUGUCGUCUCAAAGGCAUUUCAGCCUCAAGUGACAAUUUCAAGUUGUACGCAUCCGUGUCUAAUAAAGACUUUGUACCGAAUGAGGCCUGCGCCCGCUGCAUUACCGUCAAGCGAGCCGAUGAUCCGACCAAAACUGUAUCGGCCUAUGUGCUUGAUAUAUGUGACGGCUGUGCAAAGGGUACUUUACAGCUCUCGGGAGACGCGAUGACAGCUCUGGAUAUCGCACAGACCGAUACAACCACGAGGGUCUCGUACACGUUUGAUACGUGCCCUGCGUCGCUCAUGUCGGGUGACAUUAAGGCCUGCUUGAUGGAAGGCGGCUCGUCCACGUACGUGCCGCUGCAGUUUUACAACUCGCAGAAGGUCAUCACCGGCGCGACGAUCGACGGCGUCGCCGCUAAGAAAAUGUCGUCCAGUUUCCUAUACUCGGCAAACCCGGGCUCACCGUCCACUUCGUGGUAUAAGAGCGUCGACUUUACGGUUACGUCGGCCGACGGCGAAACUCUGAACGGCAAUUUUGCAUUUGCUAACACGUCUGGAUGUGCCACAUCUGACGUGCAAUUUUACUCGCCGUCGGCACCUGGCGGUGCUAAUGGAAGCACUGGUGGGUCGAGUGGGGCUAUCAUUGGCGCUAUUUGUGGCGUCAUUGGGGCGCUGUUGAUCAUUGUGGGAUUGAUCUUCCUCGUUCGGCGUCGCAAACGGGGGAAGUUCUUGGAUGGUACGGAGAACGACGUGGAGAACCAGUAUUUGUCGCCGACAUCAAAGCCUAAAGCUGCACUGGCUGCCACCUUCCGAUCGGACCAUAACGACCACCAACCUCUGGCUUCACCCACCGCUGACUACGCCGAGACAUUCUCACCUGAUACUAAAGUAAGGGUUCCUGGAUCACAAAUGCAGAACGUAGGCUCACAUGUGUCGUCGCCUGUGAUCGCUGCUGCCGUUCCAGGUGCGGCCGUUGCUGUUUCGGUUGCUGUGGACUCUUUAGGUUCGUCCGACCCCUCGUCGACGGCUUCUGCGUCCAACCCGCGUGAAGUAUCAGUUAAGCGCUCUCCUUCGCCGAAACCUGUUAAUGCUGUCCCGACCUUUGCAUUUAGCAACAACAUGACCACAAGUCCUCAUAGCUUGACUGUAUCGAACGCAAAGGAUGCGCCUACGCUAACUGCUCCUGUUGUGCCUACCCAGUCAUUGCGUACUGGGUUUUACGAUGAUGAUGCUGAAGAGGAGCGCUCAAGUUUUGACAUUGACGACAUGCGUGAAACGGAAGCCCGUGCGACUUCGACGCGCCCCAUGGACUCACAGCCGUCGUUCACACCGUACAUGUCGGCUGGCCCGUAUGCCAACACAAUGACGUCUCCCCAAGGUAAUUCACAUGCCACGAGCCUGCGUCGUCCAAGUUCCAAACAAAGGACGUCUGGCCGUGAAUCAGGUCAGUACAACAAUGACAGAUCAAACCAUUCCCCAGCACAAGACGAUUUGCUCAGCGCGCGUCCGAGCCACUUGACUAACGCUGACUCGACGACGGACUUGCCACUUCGAGACAGCGAUGCUUCUUUCCCUGCUCUGCAGAACACAGAUUCAUCUACAUCGCAGCACAGUCUGGGCUCAACGCGUGAGAGCGGCGGUUACAGUCGUGAGUCCUUGAAUAUCCUGGGCUACCCAUACUCGAAGAAGAGCGGACGUCACCACAACCUUACAGGUUAG